AUGCGGCCGACCCCGGCGCUCGCCGCCGGCGGACGCACGGUCGCAAGCUUCCUAUCCGCCACGGAAUGGAUGCUUCCGUCUCCGGCCACCCAAGUCCACACCAUCUCCGUCCUUCCCUCUCGUCCCGAGUUCACCUUCUCCAACCUCACGACGUCGCUCAGGAAUGGCGGCGGCAACGGGGGAGAGACUGGCAAUUCUAAGUUCCAGAUAGUACGGGACGACCUCCUCCACCCGCUCGCCAAUGGCAACAAGGCGCGCAAGCUCGACGCCCUCCUGCCCGUCCUCCGCCACUGCGGCGCUACUGACAUCGUCCGUCCAUCUCGUUACAUGUGGGGGUUGCCAGAGCGCCCAUGCCGCAGCCGUCGCAGUUCAUUGUGCCGAAUGGGGAAUCAGGCCACAUAUACUGCUGAGAGAGAUGAGAUGCUUUAUGAGCAUGCCAUAAAGGUUGCAGGAUGUAGUGGCACAGUGAUGUGGGCAGAUGAAGUUAUAGGAAAGGAUUUGGGUGUAGAUGAGGACACCACUGAUCGAAAUGGUUCAAGAAGAGUAAUGAUUGUUAAGGAAGGGGCAGGUAGUGUUCAAGCACUGCUUGGUGUCAUGCGGCUACUGGAGUAUCUUUCUGGUUUGACAUUAUUUGGAAAGGAUGAGAAAGUUCAUAUCGUGGUAGAUUCUGGAACAGGCACAACAGCUGUGGGGUUAGCUCUUGGUGCGGUAUGUCUAGGACUCCAGUGGAGGGUUACCGGUGUUAUGCUUGCUGACACACUUGAAAGAUAUAAACAACGAGAGAGAUCUCUUGUAUCUGAUUUUGAGAAGGUUUUCCCAGAAAUCUACCAUGGAAUAGUGGAAGAUGCUACUCAUGACAAUCUAGUUCAAUGGGUGGAGCGCUUCUCACCUAGAAGAUUUGGCAAGGUGCUCGAUGGUGAAAUCGCAAUGUGCCGCCAGGUAGCUCAACAGACUGGUAUCCUGCUGGAUCCGAUGUACACCUUGGCUGCCUGGGAGCAAGCUGUUGAUCUAUGCUGUGGAGACAGUGCAGCCAAAGUCUUGAUGAUCCAUACGGGUGGCACCCUUGGCCUUUUUGGAUUGGCACAAAGGGUUAUUGGUCUUGAUAUUGAUUUGGAAGCUAACAUCACGAUUUGCGUUGAAAAUGGCCUUGUGCUGUGGGCCUCUGCGACUUACAUUUAUGGUUCAUGA